AUGGACGAAGUUCACCAUACCGAAACGGCUCUUCCGAUGCCUAUUUAUACCAUCACUCGCCAAUGCCUCCUCUGCUUUACACGUAUCGAGGAGAGCAAUGACAAGCUCUUCCUCCAAAUGAUCCGCUCGAGCGAAACUGUGCCGCUCUUAGAGGAUGGAAAUCGCAGCAUCAAGCUUGACUUUCCAGCGCUACGCCAAAACUUCUUGUAUUGGAUUGGAACUACAGGUGCCCUGAAGCUAUCGCCCUCCCUUGAUGAGAAGCUCAAAGGGCGUGAUCGUAUAUCCGCAGAGGUGUUGGAUUGGUUAAAUGUGAUUUUGAAAAAUCUGAAUCGCAUCACAGACAAACCUCAUCCAGAUACAACGCCCCCAAAAUACACGCAGAAGGACAAUUGGCCUAUGUGGAGGGAUUUGGUGUUGACCAUAGGGUCCGCUCUAGAUCAUCUACGCCAGUGUGCCAUCGAAAUCGCACAUUUCUCAGCUCAACAGCCCAUUGUGAUGGGGAAGAACGGAUCAUUCCGCAGGGAUAUUAUCGCCCUUAUUCGAGAUCGAUUUCCGGCUGCGCGUCAAGCCUUAUGCAGGGAGCUGGGAGAAUCAAUCGCGAAAAGACGAGAGCUUGUAUUACAGGGCGCAUACCCUAACCUUCCGCUGCUCGCUAGCACGAGCAGCGUGUUUACUCUCAGUCCUCCGUAUGAUUCUAUCGAGUACCCUCCCUUGCCUAAGGUAUCAGAAUUUGAAACCUUGGUAGGCCUUGGCUUGGACACAGUCCCUCAAAAGCUGCCAGGAAUCCAGUGCCCCUUUUGCUACUGCGAGUUGGUGCUGGAAAAGCCUGAAGAUGAUAUACUUGCACUAUGGAGACAUCAUGUCGACGAGCACAUCCAGCCGUACACAUGUAUCUUCCCUGGUUGUGAGAAGCCUACGAAGUACUUUAUGCACCGUGAAGAAUGGGCAACACAUAUGGGAAACUUUCAUGAUUGGUCACGAAAAGCCAAUGCCUGCACGUGGUGGCAAUGCGAUACUGGCCAUGAAACCCCUAUAAUCUUCGAGUUCAGAUCACAGUGGUUGAAUCAUGUGCGGGAUUGUCACCCGGAACUUUCGUGGUUCGCCUCCGAUCAGGGAAGACGCGAAAGAGAGAGGUAUUUUUCUCGUGACAGCUUGGUAUGCCCCCUAUGCGACCAGAUUCCUGAAGACGCGAAACGGAUAAUGGAGGCAGGCCAAUACCUCGACUACGACGAACGUAUGUGCGUCUGGGACCAUAUUGCCGAUCAUUUCAAGUCUCUAUCCAUGAUGGCCAUUCCUUCUAUUGGAGACCCCGCUUGCGAAGCGGCCAAACAAAACCAAAAGCUAGCUAUUGAAGCCAAGGCCUCACGCUGGACGCUUGGGAGGGCGGAGGAGUCCAGAUUACUGCCCCGCGCUGCCCCUUCCGUGGCCUUGGAUAACCUUGUGGAGGUCACUGAGAUACUCACCGCCAAUGGGCCAGACAUCGCGUUGAUUAAUCGAAGGGGAAUUUUAUCCCUGUAUAGCGCGGCCGAGCUAGGCCUUAAGGCUGCUGUCAAGCUUCUCGUAGACAGCGGUGCUCGAUUAGAGGCUAGAGAUAGUACAUGUGACCGAACUUCAUUGGCUUUGGCGUCUGAAGUAGGUCAUACUAGCGUGGUAAAGAUAUUAUGUAUGAACGGUGCGGACCCUAGUGCUGUAUCCGGGAAAGGGAGGCAAACUCCGUUAUCCCUGGCAGCAAUCAAUGGACACGAAGAUACUAUACGGGUUCUUAUCGAUGCCGGUUCAGAUAUGGAGGCCCAAACCGCGUUUUUCAACAAAACUCCACUCCAUUGGGCAGUUUUCAAGCACCGUGUAGAGUGCACAAGGCUACUCCUACAGCGUGGCGCUCAGGUCAAUGCCAAGGAUACGAUGAUCGGGACCGCAUUGUGCCAUUCUGCUGGGGAGGGGCACUUGGAUAUUGUCAAGUUGCUUCUCGAGCAUGGCGCAGACACAGAGCUUACUUCCGGCCGUGAGGAAGCUCCUUUAUCGUUAGCAGCUCAGCGUGGUCAUGUGGAUGUGGUGCGGUUACUGCUAGCCUAUGGGGCCAAUAUUGAUGCAAAGAACUUGGAUGGCAAGACAGCACUAGAUGUGGUCCGAGGAGAUUACUCCAAGCGCAUCACGUAUGACGAGGUCCUAGAGGUGCUCAAGUCUACUAGUGGUAAGGCCGGCUUCGACUUUUAG